AUGGCACAUGUGCGACUUCCCAGUAUGUUUAAGACAUGCUUCUGUUGCAACAAUUCUGCUGUGCUGUGUGUUGUGGGCAAUGGAGUGCCAGAAGGAAAGAUGGCAAAAAAAGGCCAAGGUUGGAAGAUGUCGCCAGGGGAUGCCCCAACGCCAUCAACUGCUGCCUCAACGCCCGGCCCGGGUGUUGUUUGGUCAUCCCGGAAAGGUGAUGUCGGCAUCAAGGGGAGACCGCGGCCAAGCAUGAAAUCGGGUGUUGAUGGCAGGGACGAGUUUGACCGCCCCGGUACUGUCCCUCCGGUGAGCCCCCCACGGAUGCAGCAAUGGGUUCGUGUGAGCAGGGCGGUCCCAACAGAUCUACGGUUCCGUCGUACUGCGCACGCAAAGACGUGUCACAUCAGAAGCUGUCCUAGGCACCAGGCUGAAGUGACUGUCGCUAGCCCUUUCGAGCUUCCCGACCAUCAGUAUGCAGAGAACCUCCAAAUAAAUGCAGUAAGAUCCAAAUGCGAUGCAGAGCGGUGUUCCAGAACAUCGACAUGUUCGCUUUUUUGGCAAGGUGAAGUUCCUUGGCAGCGAUUGCACCGUUCUGCGGACACGCUUUCGUUUGUGAGGCGCAAUGUAAGCAGUUCACUGACCGAAGUAACGACCGAGCCAAGGUCCUGGCGUGACUGGUUUGCAUGUGGAAGGUUUGCCCCUAGCUACAUACACUCAGGAGCUGAUCAGCGGUUUUCGAGCUGCAACCGGAGUGUUUGGUGUAUAUAUUUGCAGCAUUCAUCUAGUCGUGGCGGGAGUUUGCAUUAG